AUGACAGCGGUGGCGCUAAAGUUUUGUGCGAAUUUGAAUUUUAUGUUCCUCGAAGCUGGUGCAUUUCUGGACCGGUACCGUGCCGCAAAGCGGGCCGGUUUCGAUGGCGUCGAGGGACCGUUUCCACCGGCCGAGAUUAGCCUGGAAGCGUUGGUGGCGGUGCAGAAAGAGACUGGAUUGAAACAGAUCCUUAUGAAUAUAGCCUUGGGGGAUGUACCAGGCGGUCAGCUCGGUUGUGCUGCCCUUCCGGGAUGGGAGUCGGAGUUUCUCGUAAAUCUGAACCGCACGAUUGAGUACGCCAAGGCUGUUGGGUGUAGGAAGAUACACAUAAUGGCGGGGAAAUUGGAUGGACCUGCCACAGAAGUACACGAUCGGACGUAUCUGGCGAACCUACGUGUCGCGGCACCAAUCCUUGAGCGCAACAACAUUAUCGGUGUGAUUGAACCUAUCAACAAACAUGCGGUACCUGGGUACUAUCUGGCAUGUUACGACAAGGCCACAGCGAUGAUAACUGCCGUCGGCAGUUCCAAUGUGAAACUGAUGUUGGACAUCUUCCACUGUCAGCAUAUACGAGGCGACAUCACCAACGGCAUCCGUGCCCUAACGUCUUACAUCGGGCACGUACAGCUGGCACAGGUACCGGACCGUAACGAACCAAACACCGACGGGGAACUCAACUUCCGCUACCUUCUGCACGUGUUGGCCACCGAGGGCCGCUAUGCGGACGGUUGGGUGGGAUGCGAAUAUCGUCCCGUGGCCGACACCGUCAAAGGGCUCCACUGGUUGCGUGACUUCGGCUACUGGCAGUGA